AUGAAGAAGAAGAGGACGUCCUCGCAAGCAGCUCGGAACUUCCUGCAAGAAGCCGCGGAGGCCGUCAAAACUCGCACGUCAGCCCUGGAAGUCGAGAAGUCGCUCUGCAAAUUCCAGCAGUACGGCCAGUUCGUGACCACUUAUUUGAAGGGCCUGCCAGACAACGUUGUCAUGGCGAAAAUGAGUUUGAUGACCAAUAAUUUACUGGAGCAGUAUAUUGACCGAUUAGAAGAUGGUACAUAUGUUUUAUAA